AUGGAAGCAGAUUCGACAACUUAUGAAGACAAUCGAAAAUCAUCAAAUAGUGAAAUCUGUUUACCAUUCAAUUGUAACCCAGCCAAUCUAAAGCUGUACGAAGAAUUGGUGAGUGACAGUGGAAAUCGUAGUUUAGAAAGUCAGCUAAUUACAAAACUGCAGGCCUUUGGGCUUCUACCAGUAAAUAUAACAUGUCCUGAAGAUGCGCCUACAUGCAAAGUUGUACGUAAAUUAGCACGGGUCAUAGACAGAGUCCAGUGGGUUUGUGAAGGAUGUAACAAACGGCAACCUAUUAGGACUGGGUCCUUCUUCUUCAAGCUACAGUGUACAAUAUUACAAACUCUCCAGUUAAUCUUGGCUUGGUGUGAAGAUGCUGAACUCAAUAGCGCAGCUCAGUAUUUUGAUGUAAAGCCAAGAGUCGCCAGUCUUAUCUAUGACAAGCUUGAUGAUUUAGUUAUAAACGAAUUAGAAAAAAGUAAAUUAGGAGGUGAUAAUACUGUAGUACUAAGUGAGUUAUAUCCUGAUUGUAUGAAUAGUUUAUCACCGGAUACAACCGAGCAACCCCAUGUUCAUAGAAUAUUAAUGCUGGCUGAUACCAAACAAAUACCCACCCAUUAUAGGCUACAUGUAAUCAGAGAGGAUCUCAGGAAAUUACCUGGACAUGUAAAUAAUGAACAGUGUAUGAAAGAGGAAAUAGAAAGGGUGAUAUCAAAUACAGUUAUGGGUCAAUCUAUGUUUGUUUCUGGAAGUACCAUGCCAAGUACAAACAGCGCAGUGCCGCUGACAACACUAUUGCAGCACUGCGAUCCUGAAAUGCAGCACUUUUUGAGUACCCGUAUAUGGAGUCAGGCAGUGUCCUUGUGUACAGCAUCUCGUGAUCUAUGCUCAUUGCCGUGCCCUACAUUCAGCUGUGCGACAUCAGUACAACGUUAUUUGGACACAUCUCUCUACCGUCUAAGACAUGGUGAUGGAUUCUUUGAACAUAUCCUUAGGUUGGUAGCCAUGGAGUAUACGCAGAAUGUCGGCAAGAUCGCGUUGCCUGUACCGCUAUCUUCUCGAAUAAAUAAAAGAUGCACGGGAGAGUGGGUACAAAGUGUGCCUCCCAAGCACGGGCGGUCGUCAGUGACUGUACAGACUACAGACGAGAUGGUCAACUACAAGCGAGUUGUAUGCGAAGUAGCGGCACUACUGCUGAUAGUUGCCGCAGCGUGUGCCGCCCCAGCUCCAGCCCCCGACAGUGAAGAGAAAACGAUUGAUCAGCGUCAAAACGGCACCGAAAAUUACCGUCUUAAUAUAGAUGGCGUCCUCAUAGCAGUUGCUCCAGCUGAAUCUUUUCUAUCAGCGUCGACUUAUUUCGACGAUUUAUUGGAAAUGGCAGAAUUAGACGAUUAUUUGAAGCCCGAUUCCGACAUGAAACCAUCAAAGCCAAUAGAGGACAUAUUAAACGACAAAUUAAGCAGCGAAGAGAAACAAAAGCCCGGAGCUAAUCUACAAAAGAAAGAUGCCUCUGUUAGAAAGCAGGAAAAGGUUAAAAGGUAA